GCAACUCACAACAUGCUUGAAAGUUGCAUGAAAGUUUCAUCGUGUAAAGCCAGCCUGAGUUUUGAGGCAUUGAGCCAGUGGAUGUGUGUGUGUGUGUGUGUGUGUGUGUGUGUGUGUGUGUGUGUAUAUGAUGGGGGUCAGUAUGGGGGACUUGGCUGCAUUAGUGAGCAUUAAUAUUUUACUCUCUUCUCAGAUUCCCUUUUGUUCAUCAACUCGCUGACUGCCAACUACUCAAACGAAGACAUGAAAGAAUGAAAGCGAGGGAGGCAAAGAGAAGGAUAAAAACUCAGUGCUUUAAAAGAGCUUAAAGGCAGGCACAUAGUUGCUGCUGGUUUAAUGAGCAGGCAUGCAGAGAGAAUGCUGAAUGUUAUGUAGCCCUGGGAAAAAAUAUGAAAAAAGCAAAUCUAUUGAGCAAGGAUGAGAAAAUAUGAAGACAGCACUAAGAAGAAAAAGGAAUAAUCAUCUGAGACUGCAUAGAGUGGGAAACCCAAAGGUAUGGAAGCAUUCUGGAUGAAGUCAGUAAGAGACUGAAUGUGCCUGGGUUGAUUUUUUGAGUGUGCGUUUGUAUGGAUAUUGUAUUAUAGACUGCAUAUUUGCCUCAAGCUAUACUUUUUAUUACAGUCAAUAUUUUGUGAGCUCCUGUGUCUUGUGUGUGGAUAGUAUGCAUGUGUGUGGGUGAUUGCAGUUUGAAAGGUGGGAUGUCAUAUUUCAACAUUUCAGCAGAGCUUUGAAGGGAGAUGAGUCUGAUGGAAGAGAAAAAAGCAAGAGAACAACACAAAGGCAAAAAAAGAAAAGAGGGCAAAAAUAUCCACACUGCUGGUCCUGCCAGAGAGGCCGACAGCAGGCUGUUGUCAAGAGAGAGGCUUCCUCUUAUUGGAUCUUCAGGAACUACAGAGAGAUCCACUCAUCAGCGUCCCCCUGAGGUUGGGAAUAGGAAGCGUGCCCGCCCCUCUCUCAAUGCUGUUUUCCAAGACAGAAUAGCACCCUGGGAAGGCUCCUCCCACUCGGAUUCCUCUUUCACCAGCAUUCCACCUCCCCCUCCUCCACCACCGCCUCCCCCUCCACCACCUCCACCAAUCUCAUCAACUGACCCUCUGCCACCUCCACCACAGCCAAUCAGAGACACCCAGCCUGAGAGUGGCAGAAGUGCUCUGGUGAAACGGAAGAUCCUCCCACCCCGAUGGCCCCCCAAACCCCCACGCCUGCCUCCGUUACGCCAAGUCACAAACCUCAGUUUUUCAAGAAGUUUUACAUUUUCAUUUUUUGAACUGCCUUUUCAUCAGUCGGCACGAAGUCGAGCAGAGCGGCUCAGAGAUCUUGUAGCUCUGCUGAAGCAGAUACAGUACUGAGUGGACCAAACUUCUUUAACAUUUUCACUAGAUUUAGGAAAGUAUAAGGAAAAACGCUCAUUUAGGGAUGCACUGAUCGUGAUUUUUUAUGGCCAAGUCUGGUUUCUUUACAUUCAAAUUAGCUGAUGGACAAUUUUUCACAUAUAUCCAGUACUUUCUAAUUGAUAAAGUUACAAUACCAACACAUUAUUUCCUUUUUAGUGGGCCAAACUGAGAUUUUAAAUUCUGAAAUAAAAAAUUAGAUGCAUAUGUAAUAACACAAAUCAAAUAAAGUGCUCCAUUGAAAGUAUGAAACAACUGUUAAUUGGCUGUUUGGCACAAUGAGCGAUGUAUUAUUAUGCUAUAACAUAAUAACAGAUGUAGCAGCAGAAUUCAUAUGCAAGUACACUUACUCACAUUAUUUACACCAAAACAUUAUAACACAUAUUGGCCAAAAUGAAAAUAAUCAAUUAGCCGAUAGCCGAUUGCCAAUUGCGUGUUUGGAACAAAAAUCUGUCAAUUCCAGUCUUGGGCGAUUCUGAUCGUGCAUCCCUACUCCCGUUUAUUCUCGGAAUAAACAUAGCUAACAGCAAGCUAGCGCAGGGGGUCACCCUGUGUUCCCAGGGACCUUUAUUUCCCCCUGUUCCCAAUGUCCUGUGUAUGUAUUCUUAAAAUACAGUUUGCAUUACAAAGUUUGCUUAGUUAGCUAAUUAGUUCAAUGAGAUUAGCCUAGUCAAUGCAAAGUGUAUCCCUAUUAAAAAUCUGCAACUCAUUGUCCUUUGUAUGACUUCUAGUGACCCUAGGACCCCUACCAUGAUUUUAGCUGCCCUUUUUCAAGUUUCCUUAAUGUAUUAUGUUGAGGUUUAAUGUUUCAUAUAAAGAGCCUAGGGAAUGAACAGUCCUGGGAACAUAGGUACACUCCCACUAGCAGUCUAGAGCAGUAGAAAGCCUAUCUGAAAUACAUCUGGUGUUGAGAUCUAUACUGUAGCCUCAGAUUACAUUAGCUCCCAUAAUUGUAUGUUGAGCUGCUACAAUUGCCUCAUAAUGAUUAGGCAGCACUGUGAUGUUCACCUGCUGUUCAUGUCGGCCAGAAGGAAUGAUUUUGCCUGGGGUGCAACAAAGAUUGAUGACAUACUUCACUUGAAACAGAACUUAGAGCAAAUGAAAACUAGUGGGACCAGUUAGCACGACUAUUUGCGCAAUGGUAACUCAUGCCAAGUUUCAUUUGGCAUCUGUACUUCACGAUGAGCUAAUCCCUAAAAAGAUCUUUAAAUCAUCAUUUGGACCCAUUUCUGAGUCCACUUCUCCUUAGAUGCUUAAUUAUGACCAGGUGCUGGGAUAAACAGCUGGUAUCACAUCACAGGUAUAUGGACACGUGACUGUGAGAUAAUAAACAUUAACAACAGCAUUAGGUUUCUGUACAAGGUAAUGCAAAGAAGGUGGUGAAGAUUUUUAAGCUCUAUUCAGGAACUAGAGCAUAUGACAGUUUUUAGUAUUUGGAAACACUGAAUGCCAAAAAAACUAAACCAGGGUCAGCAUCUAAGUCAGGGAAGAUAUUUUAGAACGUUGAUGCAUUAUUCUUUUUAUAGACAUGACUUCCUGCAAACUUAUUCUGAGUAAUGAAAAUAUACCAGUAUUUAUUUUUGUGUUGUUACCCAUUAGAUCAUAUAUU